AUGGAUGUAAACAAUAUCAAAGAAGAAAUAUGGGCAUCGGAACAUUUUCUUCAGGGCUCCGUCAGGGAGAACUGGCAGGCUGGUAGGCUGGACGGCUGUAGACAAGGUGGUGCGAAACACAUAUGGGGGCGGGAUUGUCCGUACGUUCUCUGUGACUGGCAGGCCCGUCUUCAAUUGGAUGAGGCUAAAGAGACCUUUGAGAUUGAAUUUGGAGCAGAAGGCGGUCUCCAGGUCAUAGCGGUAGCUGCACAGUUCCCGGGUAUUGGAAGGCAGGCCUCACAGCCAGGUUGUGUCAUCGUUCACCACCGAAUUCAUGACUCUUGCAGAGCUUGUGUUUGGUCUAGACAGAUGAUCACCUUUUCGGGACAGUUGACCCUGGGCAUCCACACCUGGACCUCAGGGGCUGGUGGGGGCACCUGCCAGGGCUUGGGUUCAGCUCCUGGAAAUUUUCAGAGAUUCACACUAAAAGAAUUUAGGAAUACCUGCAGAGAAGUACAGUACACCCUGCUGACAGAAACAGCAAGAUAUGACAGUUAUUUUGGCAUUAGGGGUACAGACUGCCUUUCGUAUAGAGCACAUCAACUUCAUAUUUUCAGGGAGAACACUCUUGGAGUUACCCCCCAUCCAGAUCAACUUAGCACAGGUCUGCUCCAACAGAUGGGCUGUGCAUUGGGCCUCCAAAGACAACAAAUUCAGAGAGUGAGAUUUGGAAUGAAAGCAAAUGUCAGCCACGAGCAUCCUCCUGGGAAAACAUUUUGUCUCAAAUACCACCCUCUCCUACCUAUUCAGACCUCUCUACACAGUGUGCAAGUGGAAAAGUAUACUCUCAGCAGACAAAUAACAGUGACAAGAGGGUCAUACCACCAGCAAGACCAGGACAGGACUCUGCUCUUCCGAGUUGACCAGACUUGCAUCCACUCUGUGCGGGGCAGCCUGAGAGCCGAGGAAGAAGCUCUGGAACAUCUUCAGGUGGCAGUCUCUUCUUCGUUGGGCCUUUGGGCUGGCCCACCUGCCCAGAGGGAGGCUGGUGAAAUUAAGACAUACACAAAUGUAAAAAUAUCCUUUGUUCCUGGCUGGACAAAAAUAGACAGCAGGCCAGCUAUGGCUCACAAGCCAUCAUUUGCUGAUUCUUACUGUAGAUCUAUCGCUUUGGCCAAAUCUGAGGAGGAUGGAUUUGAAUGUGAUAAGAUUGGAUUUAUAAAUCUGAAGGUUCAAGACCUCUGUUGCAACCACGUGAGUAAAAUGGAAGCAAAAUCUCGGCUUAUUAUGAAAAUGGUUGAAAAUAGCCAGGACUUUAUGCUUUCUAGGGAUUUUACUUUAUAUAUGCCCAUUCAAAAGAAAAGCAUAAACAGAUUCAACCCACCUAGCCUCUUGGACUUUGUCAGCCAGAGCCUACUGCAAGAUGAGUUUGAGGUCAUCACUGUUUUGGAUUGGCUGCCCAAGCAACUUUUCCCACCUCUGUUGAGGGCAGCUGUCAAAGGAAGAUAUAACCAGACAGUUAAGGCAAUGGUGGGAGCCUGGUCCUUCACCCACUGCCCCCUGGGGGCUCUGAAAGCAAUUCAGAAGGCAGACCAGGAUAUCUUCAAUUCUGCAGUAGAUGAAUUGGAUGCUUCAUUUGCCUAUGAAGAUCUCACCAGGAGAUGCAAAUUGAAGGUGCUGGAUUUACGGGCUAAUGCUCAAACCAACUUAGAUGAAUUGUGUGGAACCCAGGAUAAUGCCUCUGUGUGCUCUCUAGAGGAGCCAGAGGCCAUCCAGUCAAGGAUUAAGAGUUCUGCUUCAGAGAACCCUAGCUAUCCUCUGCUUCCUGGACUUAAAGAGGUGUGGGUUCACAGCACAGACUCACAGCUCACCUUUGUCCUGCCAGCCCUGGGCAACUGCUCCCAGUUCAACACCUUGAGUAUCUGUGGAAAUCCAGUCUCCAUUGAUGUCUUGGAGAAUUUGCUGAGAUAUACCAUCCCACUGUGCAAGUUCAGACUUCUGGAGUGCCUAAUACCCUGCAAUAUUAUCUUAAUGCUAUUGUUGAUUGCUAUUGUGUCCUUUUGCAAUCUCAGUACAGUACAGAGGGCAAAGGCAAGUGACCUUCUUCAGAAGGAAGGGGAUGAUGUGUUUCAGGUGCUGCUGAACUCACAGCAUGGUGCCAAGGACAAAAUCAGAAAGUGCUAA